AUGGCGCUGUCUAUGGAAUUUAAAAUUAGGAUGAUAUUCCUUUUCCGGUCAGGGAGUCUACGUGAAAAAGCUCGACUCGUCUUGAAGGCAACGAGGCAACAUGCGCGGAACCUGGCGACCUUUGCUGUGGUAUAUAAGUCGUCAAUGUUGGGCUUGCGAUAUCUGGGACAGGGUGGUAAGGAGGGGCAGUACGAUUCCUUCUUUGCUGGCUUAUUGGGAGGAUACGUUGUCUUCGGCCGGUCGCGAUCAAGUGUUACCCAGCAGAUUGUGAUAUACGUGUUUGCGCGUGUUGUCCUUGCGUUAGCGAGGCUUUCGAUAGAACCAAACCCGAAUCCUUUAGCAGCUUUCCUAUCACCGAGCUCCCGAAACAAGGUCAAGGCCCACGCUUGGCCCGCGUUCGCGAGUCUUAGUUGGGCGUUUGUGAUGUACCUUUUCCGUUGGCACCCAGAGGCUAUCCAAUCAAGUCUAAGAAGCAGCAUGACCUAUAUAGACAUUGUUGCUCCGCAACAAAUAAUGCUCGAUAUAAGAGCAGCUACGUUUGCUGCCAUGUUCGACUCUUUGACGGGCAAUCUCGGCCCGUUUCUUAUCCUAAGCCUUACUCUGGUUUUCGAUUACAACCGAAGCCUUUAG